ACCACACAUAACGUUUAAUUAACAUUCUAUUGUGUACAGAUAUCAAAACAGACUUGUGAACAACACAAGGAUCACCAUCAUCAUCAUCUAUCAACAUCUUCAAGCGUUCGAGGUCUGUCUCACUGUCGGAAUGUUUUGUCUCGCUCUUGGUUUGCUGGUCGUCAAGCAACAAGCAAAUCUGUGGUGUCAGCAACACGUGACACCGUCAACACUGAUCACUCACUAACAUCUUCGGCUCGAAUGUCAGCGAAAAAGUCAAAGUUUGUGACUGCAAAAAAGGAAAUAUUUGAAGGAGAGAGACGGAAUGAUAGGAAAUGUACAAGAUGAAAAUCAGGCCAUUUUCAUGAAAUUAGUGAACUCGCUGAUGAAAAGGAUAACGACAUGGAACUUUGUGCCUCGUGUGCUAGUGAGGUCGAGUCGAGGAUCGAAAUCAGCAAGAAAUACACGAAAGGAAAGAAGAAAGAGAAGAAAUCUGUGCAUGCAUUUCUGAGGUGACUGUUGGGUCAUAAGAGGAGGGAGAGAAAAAUGGGCUUGGAUGAUGGUUUCUUAGUGUCUCUUGUUAAUCGUCAAGAACAACUUCACUCGUCGAAAAAAUUACAAUCAGUUGGGAGAGCAGCUGAGAAAGGUAGAGAAGAGACAGUCAGGACAUGGACAGAGAAUGGCAGGACUUUGGAAUGCGAUACGAGAGGUGCGUCACACUUGAGACAUUACAGUCAAGAGCGUCCUGUGAAAGAUGAGGCUAAGAUGGAUGACGCUGUGUUUCGACGUCGACUGAGUAAUGUGUAUGCAGGCACUGAGUUCCCAGUGUCACUAGAUAACAGGAAGUCUAUACUAAAUGCAGCCAGUUACAUGUCAGCUGGUCCAUCAAUCGAGGAGGUCAACGGCAAGAACUCGGACACUUCGUCCAUCGAAGACAUACACAAGAGAGAAGCAAAGCCUCACACACUUGAUGCAACAACACAACCUGAAGAACGAGGAGAACCUGCAAGUCAGAGUGACUCGGCUAUCCGCAGUCCAUCGCCAGUCACACACGCAAGUGCAGUUACGAUUGCUGAAAAACCGAUUCGCUCACCGGUCUAUGAGCCUCCUCAUUUUGCAUCGAGACAUCCUUGUCAUCAAGAGCUAACGGCAUACGUUAACGCUUUAUUGAAACACAAUCCUCAGCCUUCGUUGUUGUCGAGUGCGAACGCGAGGAGGAGAACGACAAGUUUGCGUUUACCUUCAGGCAGCAGCUAGACUUCAACUCCAUCCGACAGUUUUCGACAGCAAACAGUCAGCGAACGAGCUGAAAGUACAGCUGGCAGCAGCCGGUCAGCAGUUGGCACUAACACAUUCCACAGCAAUCUCCACAAGUACCAGACGAUCGCUGGUUCUCGUGAUGGCAGCAUGUCUCACAUAAACUCGAGUGAUGUGAAUGACUUGACUACGACUGUAGUGGGACGUGGAACGCUGACGUCACUGUUGGGUCGUUUGUCGGCUGUUGGAUCGAUGGAUGGUUUUGCGUCGACGUUUUUGCCUCCUACUGGAUCGCUGCAUUCUAUUGUACGUUCUACUGGAGAGGGAUCUUUUAGGAAAGGGCUUGGAUGAUGGUUUCUUAGUGUCUCUUGUUAAUCGUCAAGAACAACUUCACUCGUCGAAAAAAUUACAAUCAGUUGGGAGAGCAGCUGAGAAAGGUAGAGAAGAGACAGUCAGGACAUGGACAGAGAAUGGCAGGACUUUGAUCUCUUGUUGAUCAGUUGCUCAACAUUAACAGCAUACUGAUGAUGUAAUAGAAACAAUGAUGGUGGGAGUGAAAGACAUUGAGUUGUGACGUGUAGGUGAGAAGAAGAAUAAGACAAAGACGUAGAUGUAACAAACUGUAGCAGCAAGAUCGGCUGCUCUCUAUGUGAUCUCUUAUAUUAUUGUUUGGAUGUUAAUUAUAAUU